CAAAGAAAAACCCUUUUCCUAACCCCGAACCUAAAACCCUGAAACCCCCCACUUGGGUUCGAAGAGGAACCCAUGGAAUGAAAGGGCAAGCCAGGGAGCAAAGACACAGGGGAAAACAUAGAUUUUUUUUAAUUGACACCAAUGUUUGCUGCGAGGACCCUUCGGAGGCAUUGCUUGAGGAACGUCUCCUCUCUUCUCCAAUCCAAUCCCUCCAAGAAUCUUGCCUCUUUAAAAGAUGUUUUGCCAUAUCUCAUCUCAAGCAAUGUAAUUCAGCCUAGUAUUUCAAGCGAAGAUAGUUUAUUAUGUUCUUUGCAUGCACCGUUGGAUCCAUUCAAGGUAUGGUCGCGUUCUAUGUCAACAUCGAAAGGGAGGACUAUGCGAAGCAAGGUGGAGAGGCGGAUGCAAAGAGAAUCCGGUAAAACCCUAAGGGAGAAGCGGAGAGCCCAAAAGUUAAAGAAGAAGCUGAUGACUGAGGAGGAGAGACUGAUUUACAACCUCAAAAGAGCCAAGAAAAAAGUGGCAUUGCUCCUACAAAAGCUCAAGAAAUAUGAGCUACCAGAGUUGCCAUCCCCUCGUCAUGACCCUGAGCUAUUGACCCCUGAACAGCUUCAGGCAUAUAAGAAAGUUGGUUUCAAAAAUAAAAAUUAUGUUCCUGUUGGUGUCCGUGGAGUUUUUGGUGGAGUUGUCCAAAAUAUGCAUCUUCACUGGAAGUUUCAUCAAACUGUGCAAGUUUGCUGUGACAACUUCCCCAAAGAAAAAAUCAAAGAAAUGGCGACGAUGCUUGCAAGACUGAGUGGUGGUAUUGUGAUAAACGUUCAUAAUGUGAAAACAAUCAUCAUGUUUCGUGGCAGAAACUAUCGACAGCCCAAAAAUUUGAUACCUAUCAACACCCUUACGAAGAGAAAGGCAUUAUUCAAGGCAAGAUUCGAACAAGCUCUUGAAUCUCAGAAGCUAAACAUAAAGAAGAUAGAACAGGAGCUCCGGCGAAAGGGGGUAAAUCCUGAGGAUCCAGUUGCCAUGGCCAGCAUUCAGAAAGUAGCUUCUACGUUCUUUAAUGCAAUUGACAGGAAGGAAGGAAGUCCCUAUAUCUUCCGGGAGGACAAACAGCAAGAAACAGAACCUCCUAGAAAGUGGGAAGAGUCUGAACCCCCUGUCGAUAGUGACCAAGAGGAGUUAGACAGAUUCAUAGCCGAGAUAGAGGAUGCAGCAGAUAAAGAAUGGGAUGCUGAAGAGGCAGCAGAGAAAGAAGAGCUUGGAAAGAUGAGGUAUUGGAACAGAGAAGAAUUUGGUGGAAGGUUCAGAAGAUCUGAAACACAUAGAGAUGACAACUCUUAUGAUGAUGGUGGGGUCAAAGGGACAAGGGGGUGGAAGGAUACACGUGGCAAGCAGAGGGCUAAUGAUAGUGAUGGUGAAGACAAUGAUAUUCCUGAUGGCGAUGAUGAAUGGGAAUCUAAUGACGUGAGAGAUGCUAGUGAUCUUGAGAGUGAUGCUGAUAAUUCUGAUGAAGUUCAUGACAAGUUAAGGGUGUCUAGAACAAACAGGUGGAAGGAGGAUAAGAUUGGCGGGGCAAAAAGAAAUGGCAGUUUCAAGAGAAAUCCUGAAGCUAAUUUUAGAAGAAAGGCAACUGAAGAAGAUUCUGAUUCUGAGUCAGAAAACAUGUUGAGUGAUCUUGAAAAUGCAAUGUGGCAAUCGGACACCGAGGAAGAACAAGACUCAGAAGCAUUAAAAGCAGUGAGUAAUAAUUACCAGAGCAGCAGUGAUGGGGAAGAGGAUUUGUAUCACAUUAAGGGAGAUGAGAAGAAUAGGGUGAAGGAACAUGAGAAUUCUGAAGAAACUCAUGGUAGAUACAAGGAAUCCAGACUUGCACAGCAGAAGCAUAGUAGGAUUGGCAGAGCCAAUAAUGAAGCCAACUUUAGGGGGAAGAUGGCUGAGGAAGAAUCUGGAUCAGACGACGUGCUUAGCGAUUUGGAAAACGUGAAGUGGGAGUCAGAUGCUGAGGAUGACUCAAGAGCAUCGUUGGCUGGGAGAUACAGCAGUGGUGAUGAAGAGAAUUAUCACCAAAUGAAGGAUGGAAAUAAUGGGGUGAAUAGUAAAAAGAAAAAGACACAUAAAGAGAUGGAUGAGGCUUGGGAUAGUGAUUAGAUCUUUCAUUGCUGAGCAUUGUCCCUUAGAAAUUGUAUUGAACAGGGUGACUUCAAUUUUCUUUUAAUGAUCUUUAAAUUUCUGAGAUUGAUUGAAACAUGCA